AUUGGACAGAACAUAAUGCCAAUCUUCCAUAACUCCACCUCUCCUGCUUUUCUCCUGACUGGUGUCCCUGGAGUAGAAUGGGCUCAUUCCUGGAUCUCCAUCCCCUUCUGCUGCCUCUAUUUAACUGCACUAUCUGGAAAUUCUUUGAUCCUGUUUGUAGUCCUUACGGAGCCAACUCUCCAUGAACCCAUGUACUAUUUCCUGUCUAUGCUAUCCACCACUGACAUUGGCUUAUGCAUCUCGACAAUGGUGACAGUGCUGGGAAUACUCUGGCUCAAUGCCAGGGAGAUCAGCUUCAGUGCCUGCUUGUCCCAGAUGUUCUUCAUUCACCUCUUCACGUUCAUGGAAUCCUCAGUGCUCCUGGCUAUGGCCUUUGAUCGUUUUGUGGCCAUCUCAAACCCCCUGAGAUAUGCCACCAUUCUAACUCAUGCAAGGAUUGCACAGAUUGGUCUGGCAGUCAUUACUAGGGGGACUGUCAUUUUGACCCCACUGGUCCUGCUCCUUAAGCGUCUAUCAUUCUGCCAUAGCCACAUGCUCCACCACUCUUAUUGUUUCCACCCUGAUGUGAUGAAGCUGUCGUGUUCAGACACAAAAAUCAACAGUGUAUUUGGACUAACGGCAAUUAUUUCUACUGCUGGAGUGGACUCUGUCCUUAUCCUGCUCUCCUAUGUCCUGAUCAUUCGCUCAGUUCUCAGCAUCGCAUCCCCUGGAGAAAGGAAGAAGGCUUUCAGUACCUGCAUUUCUCAUAUCACUGCUGUGGCCAUCUUCUACAUCCCCUUGAUCAGCCUCUCCUUUGUCCACAGAUUUGGAAAACACGCCCCACCCUAUGUGCCCACUCUCAUUGCAAAUGUGUAUUUGCUCAUCCCCCCUGUGAUGAACCCUAUCAUCUACAGUGUGAAAACAAAGCAGAUUCAGAAAGCUAUUCUCAGACUUAUAUAUUGCAAAGGACCUCAUGUUUUGCAAUCAUUAAGCACAUAA